GCUCAUUCGGUCUUCAGAUUCUGGCACAAGAUGAAAGCUUCUGGUCUUCCCAUCUGCCUUCUCUCUGCUGCAUUUUAUCUCUUCUGGACACCUUCUGCUGGGCUAAAGACACUCCAUUUGGGAAGCUGUGUGAUCACCACAAACCUUCAGGAAAUGCGAAAUGGAUUUUCUGAGAUACGAGACAGUGUGCAAGCCAAAGAUGAAAUCAUUGAUACCAGAAUCUUGAGGAAGACUGAGUCUUUGCAAGACACAAAGCCUACAGAUCAGUGCUGCCUCCUCCGCCACGUACUGAGACUCUACCUGGACAGGGUAUUCAAAAACUUUAAGACUCCUGACCACCGUAUCCUCCGGAAGACCAGCAGUCUUGCUAACUCUUUUCUCACCGUUAAGAAGGAACUCCGGCUCUGUCAUGCCCAUAUGACAUGCCCUUGUGGAGAGGAAGCAACAGAGAAAUACAGCCAGAUUCUGAGUCACUUCGAAGAGCUUACGCCUCAGGCCGCAGCGGUGAAGGCUUUGGGAGAGCUGGACAUUCUCCUGCAAUGGAUGGAGGAGAUGAAAUAGGAGGAGAGCGAUGACCUUACUGACAGUGGUGCUGGCCAAGCAUCCCAGUCCUUGGUACCGGCAGAAGCAUG